AUGGCUUCAGGUGUGCCCUCUGAGUCUGCAAAGAUUCAGGAACAGGCUAAUGCCUCUUCAGCAACUUUCGCGUCGCAUAAUAUCAGAAACACCAAUAUCAACACUGCUCCGGGCGUGGACUUGUCGGAUCAACAAAAAGUCCUGGUCGGCAGCAUCCUCGACCUCUUUGAGGGCAACCCGACACUAAAGCACCUCUCCCUCUGGUCCAAGACGGCUACCUUUGCCGACAAUAUCACCAUUGCCACGGGCUACGACAAGUUUGCCGCGCAAUGGUACGGUCUGCCGGCCGUCUUCAAGCCCAUCCAGAUCCAGCGCCACCAGGUGGUGUCGGCGGGCAACCCGAUUGAGCUGGACCUGUCCAACAAGUACACGGUCAAGGGCAUCAAAAAGGAGCAAGUCAUGGACUCGCGCGUCAAGAUCCACGUCGGCGCCGACGGCAAGAUUGAAAAGGUCGAGGACCGCUGGAACGAUAAUCUGCCCGAGGGCGGCAUCUCCGAGGUGAGUAGCCGGGUCCUCGUCCUACCCCUGACGGCCGCCCGUGCCCUCGUCGGCUUGGGUGCUGGUGUGGUUUGGUGGGCCUUUUGUACCGUGAGCUGGUCGUGGCCCUUUGCGGCUUUCCGGAAGUUGAAUGCUGUCACUGUCCCAACCAUGGUUAAGGUGCCGAAGAACGAGGAAGAGGAUAAGAAGAUGCAAGCCGAGAGAGACCAGUCGUCAUGA